CUAAAACUAUCGAUAGUCUUACCUCAAACGAUCAUUUAUAAAAGCGCUAACGUACCGAGCAUUCCAACAAUGAGCAACUCGAAACCAGCAGAAGCACCAGCCCCUUGGUGUGGACGUGAUUUCAAGCCUCGUGUCUAUGCAAAGCACCCACCCAUCAUCUGCUAUGACAAGCCUGAAGCUUCAAUUGUUUCCAAAGAUGAAUACGAUGACAAACGCUACCAAGCCCUAACUGGCGAAUUGAUACAGACUUUGGUGGUUCCUAAGCGUGAAGCUCGGACCUGGACCAUGCAAACAGGUGACUUGUGCCGCAUUACGGUACAUGAGGGUUCUCAGGUGGGAGAUGUAAACUUUUGGAAUCUGGAAAAUACCCAAGAGCGUUUCUAUUCUGGGAAAACUCGUCAGUUGCAUGGCGCCCAUCUCAAGACUUACGAUCGUCUUUGGAGCUGUCUUCCCUAUCUACGUCCCAUGGCUACCUUUGUUUUUGACACUCUGGCUGGUUACGGAAUCGAUGAAGAUGGGGGGGCACUGCAUGAUGUAAUCGGUACGCGCUGUGAUGAUUACACUUAUAAACUGAUAACGGGUAAAGACCGUGUUGGCAGCUGUCACAGUUCGUUGGUUAAAGCGGUGGUGGAGGAGCGCGGACUCACAGAGCAGGACGUGCAUGAUGUAUGGAACAUAUUUAUGUGCACUGGCUUUACCAAGGAGACCCAACAAUAUUUCUGCAAGCCCAGUCCGGCCAUUAAGGGGGACUUUAUUGAAUUUGUUGCCGAUAUGAAUCUGUUGGUGGCCCUAAGUGCUUGCCCACAAGGGGACGUAUCCAUUCCGGUUGGGGCUGAGGUGCCAGAUGAGAAAUGUCACCCCCUUAAAGUAGAGGUGUUCCGCAAAAAGUAAUCAACAAUAAGCACACAAUUCAAGGAAAAAAACGGUGGCGGGAACACACGAAAAGUUCAAUAAAAGUUCUUUUGGGCGGACAUCGAUCGUCGCCAAGGGGGACACAAACAAACGAUGGUCGCAGAGAAUCGUCCACCCAAAUACAGGUGUCCAUUAAGUUUCUACUGUAUAUAAAUAACCCAAUAAGCUGAACUUUAAAUAAAAAGCCUAACAAGAGGAGCAAGUAAUCUAUUUGGCAAUGGAAAUAA